GCAGCACCUCGGCCUCGACGAGCGACACGUCUGGGAGGACGCCGGCACAGCGCUAGCCCAUUCAACCCCGCCCUCCUCGUUUCGACACACAGACCUAUGCUCCUCGCCGGGAUGCUCCUUCCUCCCGCCACCGCCCUGGCGCUUUCAGCGCCCUCCGUGGUCCAGCAGCGCAAGCGCGCGCUGCUGUCGUCGGUCGCGACCCUCAAGCGCAGCCCGAGCGGUGCGGCGAGGGAUGCGGUCCUGGCGGCCGUCGCCGACCUCGAGGCGUGCAGCGUGACUAGCGCGCCGCCCGACGGCCGCUGGGCUCUGAUCUUCUCGACGCAGGCGGAGCUGCCCGACGCGUCACGGCCGCGCACCUCGAGCCCGGUGCAAGGGCUCAUCGACGCAACCUACGCGGCGUUUUUCAAGGUGGCGCCGGCGCUGGCGGGAGCGCAGCAGGAUGGCCGCAGCGGCGCCUCCAACGAGCAGGCCCUCUCGCUCGACACGGGCGUCGUCGAGAACCGCGUGCGCAUACCGCUGCCGUUCCUGCCCUCGAUCCUCGAGAUCCGCGUCGACGGCCGCGUGGCGGAGGCCGGGGCGGCGGAAACGGAGCCGCUGCUGGAUGUCACCUUCACCGAGUGCUCCUUCGCGCUGCAGCGCAGCGGCGCCCGCUCAAGCGGCGGUGCCUUGCGCAUCCCGCUCCCGUCCCCCGUGGGGACGCUCCGGACGACGCACUGUGAUGAUGAGGUGCGCGUCUCCAGGGGCGGUCGGGGCGGGGUGUUUGUGCUGAAGCGCUUGCGCGCGGCGGCUACGUGAUGGGCCCGCGUGUGGCGUCAUGGGGAGUAGAUACGCCUUUAGUGAUGGGCCCGCGUGUGGCGUCAUGGGGAGUAGAUAUGCCUUUUGAGAAGCGGGACCACAGCC